AUGGACGACGUUACGACCGAACUGACCGAGCGCUUCGAGCGCUACUGCGCCACCAAAGAUGAGGAAUUCCCCGCCGAUGUGCUUGCUGAAUUGCAGUCGAUGCUGCGGUUAUAUUCAAUUUCACCAGAAGAGUUGGAUUUCAAGUGGCAGGCCUACAACAUGAAGAUGGGCGGAGAGGAGAACAAGAUGGAUGUGAAAACUGCACGGGACUUCAAGAAGACGAUACAGGAUGCAUUGGAGCGCGAGAGCCGCGGAAAGGCACAGCAGCGGAACGAUGGCAAGCGAGCCCAGCCGACACCAAGGGCGAAGGGUGGUGAUAUGUACGACAUACUGGAGGGACUCGUCCCCAAUACCCCACGACAUGGCCCAGCGAGCGGCCCGAACGGCAGCACAGUGAAGCGGAAAGCCAACUUCCAGACACCUGGGAGCAAAGCAAACAAGGCACACGAAAUGAGUUCCCCGGGGGGCAUCAUGGCGCCCGCGGCGGAUACUUCAGGUGGGCCUGUCUUCGAUUUUGCCUCGCGCACCAAUGCAAACGACAUCACCGAACAGUUCAUGCAGGGCGAUAUCCCAAUUCCAGACCCGCCGUCAGAGGAACCAAAGGAAUCCCGCAUCAAACUAAAGGCCAAUACGGAUAUGUCCAAGUUCUCAUAUCGGACCAUGGCUAUGAAACUCUCAGAGGCAUCGGAGGUCCUCGAUGACAGGAUUGACGAGUUCCGUGACCUUGUCAGAGAAUCUGCAGGAUUGGACGAGAGCGCAUUUGGCAACCCCAACUACCCCUCUCCAAACGAGAUCAUCGCUGUAGGACGCAUAGCAAGCGAUACGAGCGAAGGGAAGCUCAAUACGGCGACGAUAGUUCUUGAAGGCUCACGAAGAUAUGGUUCAGGGCGACGUGUACCGCUGAACGUCGAAGGCCUCUCGUCGUAUGAUUUCUUUCCGGGCCAGAUUGUGGCGCUGCGUGGUACCAAUGCAUCAGGCGACUCUUUUGUAGUCUCAGAGGUACUUUCGCUGCCUCUCCUGAAUCCACCUGCUACAAAACCAGACGAAUUGGACGCCAUCAACACACGGUACCUUGAUACCCCCGACUCUGAUCCAGAGAACGUUCGGCCUUUAACCAUGAUGAUCGCGUCCGGACCCUACACAACCGACCAGAAUCUCGAUUUUGCACCUUUACAUGCAUUCCUUGACAAUGCCGCCGAAGCUUACGCAGACUCCAUAAUUCUGGUCGGACCCUUCCUGGACGCUGAGCAUCCUCAAAUCCGGUCGGGAGACUUCGAUGUUCCACCAAACGCGAGUCCAGAUCAAGCUACCAUGACUGAUCUGUUCCGCUACCACAUCUCCAGCGCAAUCCAGGGCUUCAACAAACGCGUGCCGACGUGUAAUGUCCUAUUAGUGCCCAGCUUGCGAGACGCGCACCACCACCAUGCUGCUUUCCCACAGGACAAGUUCAUCAAGAAGGAGCUCGGAUUUGGUGCUGCAGGGAAAAUGGUACAAUGUGUUACAAAUCCAAUGACUGUCAGUAUGAACGAGAUGACAGUAGCCAUGUCAUCUAUUGACAAUCUCGACAUGCUCCGAAAAGAAGAACUUGCAGGGGGCAAGGCACGAACAACAAACAUCUACGAACGGUGUGCUCGUAAUGUGAUUGAGCAAAGAAGUUUCCUCCCACUCUUCCCACCCACUGGGAGAGAAAAGCAGCAAUUCAUGCCUGUGCCUAUUGAAGAGAAGGUGAUGAAGAAUGGCACAGGAAACGAGCAAGGAGAGGGUAACGGGGCUGAAGAGGAACAAACACCCAGCCCAUUUCUGCCGCUUGGGACCAUGCUCGAUACCAGCUACCUCAAAUUGGGCGAAAUGCUCAACGUGCGGCCCGACAUUCUUAUCACUCCUAGUGUACUUCAAGGCACCGUCAAAGUUGUUGAGUCCGUACUGGUCAUUAAUCCUGGCACAUUGGCCAAGCGACGUGCAGCAGGAACAUAUGCACGUGUAAUAGUCAAGCCUGCUAAAGUCGACGAUGCAGAGAGGGAACGAGGAGUGGCCGUUGCACAUAAGCUCUGGGAGCGGACACGUGUGGAUAUUGUGAGGAUCUAG